AUGCGGAUGUAUGAGGACACUUGCCGAAAUAAACUGCCAGCGCGAAGACUUGAGGAAGAGAUUAGCACAACCUUCCCAGGUGUGGGGGUGACCGCGGGUGUGCCUUUCACCCUCUGCCCAAAACAGUGGGCAGUGAGUAAAUCGACCGACGGCGUCGGAACGGAGCAGGCCAACUUCACGGGGCUGGCUGAAUCAUUGGCACCGCGCGGUGCCCGAGCUUUGCUGCCGACCGCCAGAAAUAUUGUGUCAUGUACAAAGCACCACCUAAGACUUGCAAUCAGUUGCCUUCAACUCUUUGGGGUAAAUGUCAAAGAGCAGAAAAACUGUCCAUCAAAAAACAGUCAGAGCAACAGCUUAAAAUGUCUCUUUGAGCAUGCAAAAUGCUCUCAUGCAGCACUUAAUUGUUUGCUUGUGUUACAGAAAGCAAUAGACCUUGCUAGCAAGGCAGCGCAAGAAGAUAAAGCAGGAAACUAUGAGGAAGCUUUCCGUUUGUACCAACACGCUGUGCAGUAUUUUCUCCAUGUUGUUAAAUAUGAAGCACAGGGUGAUAAAGCAAAACAGAGCAUUAGAACGAAAUGUACAGAAUACUUGGACAGAGCAGAAAAGCUGAAAGAAUAUCUGAAAAAGAGAGAAAAAACUGCACCAAAACCAGUUAAAGAGUCUGGUCCUACUGAUGGAAAAGGGAAUGACAGUGAUGGGGAAGGGGAGUCAGAGGAUCCGGAAAAAAAGAAGCUACAGAAUCAACUUCAAGGAGCAAUUGUUAUGGAGCGACCAAACGUCAAAUGGAGUGAUGUUGCUGGCCUUGAAGGUGCCAAAGAAGCACUUAAAGAAGCAGUGAUCUUGCCCAUUAAAUUUCCACACCUGUUUACAGGAAAGAGAACACCUUGGAGAGGGAUUCUCCUGUUUGGACCACCAGGAACAGGAAAGUCUUAUUUAGCAAAAGCUGUGGCAACAGAAGCAAACAACUCUACCUUCUUCUCAGUAUCUUCCUCUGACCUUGUCUCAAAAUGGUUAGGUGAAAGUGAAAAAUUAGUGAAAAACUUGUUCCAGCUUGCCAGAGAAAACAAACCUUCUAUUAUCUUCAUUGAUGAGAUAGAUUCCCUCUGCGGGUCAAGAAGUGAAAAUGAAAGUGAAGCUGCUAGACGGAUAAAAACAGAAUUUCUAGUCCAGAUGCAAGGGGUUGGUGUUGACAAUGAAGGAAUCUUGGUCUUAGGAGCAACAAACAUACCCUGGGUUUUGGAUUCUGCUAUCAGGAGACGCUUUGAGAAGCGUAUUUAUAUUCCUUUACCUGAAGACCAUGCCAGGGCUGCAAUGUUCAAACUUCACCUCGGGUCAACUCCAAAUCUCCUAACGGAAUCAGAUUAUCGAGAGCUUGGAAAGAGAACUGAUGGCUAUUCCGGUGCGGAUAUCAGCAUCAUUGUACGUGAUGCACUGAUGCAGCCUGUUAGAAAAGUGCAAUCAGCUACUCACUUUAAAAAAGUAAAAGGACCAUCACUGUCUAAUCCAAAUAUGAUGGUAGAUUUGUUCACCCCUUGCUCUCCAGGUGAUCCUGAAGGCAUAGAAAUGACAUGGAUGGAGGUUCCAGGUGAUAAAUUACUGGAGCCUCAAGUUUCCAUGGCUGAUAUGCUCAGGUCACUAGCUAGCACAAAGCCAACAGUUAAUGAACAGGACCUGGAGAAGUUAAAGAAGUUUACAGAAGACUUUGGUCAGGAAGGCUAAACCAAAGAUACGUGUGGAGCAUUAGAACUUUUUUUUUUCUUUCUUAAGUAUUCUUGUGUCUUUAUUGAUGGCACUUCAAAUAAAUGCCAAUAAAAUCACUCUUACUUUGCAGAAGGAAUAGAAGAUACCUUUGCAAAGACCCUUAAGCUUUUGUAUUGUAUUGUUUUCCUCAGAUGUCUAUUAAAUGUCUUCUAUUGAAAAAAUAAUACAAAAAUACAAUUUUAGGGUGAGACAGCAAAGUGAUGUGGUAAAGUCUAUGAAAUACUAGAAAACUUUACAUGAUUAGUUUGAUCUUAGGUAUUAUAUUAGACCUGGGUACAACUGAGUUUUAAAUUCCCAGUAGGCUCACAAAACCCUUUUUUGAGGGGUGGAAGAGAACGUAUUUGUCGGGUGUUUUCAAUCUCAAUCAGCCUACAUAUUAAUUGCUCUCAUUUCAUUUAGGAAAAGGCAACAAGAUUUGCUAAUCAAGCAUACUGCAAGCAUGGGUUUGCUGUUAAAAUGAGAAAGAAAACACUGAGGAUUAGACUACAUGGGCCAGUACUU